AUGGCUGUUCUAAGCAAAUUGGCCCUCGCAGCCUCGCUCGCCCUCUGCGGCGUCUCGGCAGCUGGAAUCCCGCAGCAGCAGCACCCGCUCACAGCUCCCUCUUCGUCUUCGUCUUCGUCUUCGCACUCUUCGUCACACAAGACACCCAGCGAUUACAGCUCCCUGCCGCUCAUCGACACCGAGGCUCUGCAAGAUUCCAUUUCCGUCGAUGCUCUCUUUAAGCGUGCCGAGAAGUUCUACAAGUUCGCCCAGACUUCGGAGGAGGAUUACGGCCAUCCCACUCGAGUCAUCGGCAGCACCGGCCACGAGAGGACCCUCAACUACAUCGUCAAUACCCUGCUCGAUCAAGGCGACUACUAUAGUAUCUCUACUCAGGAGUUCCCCGUCACGCUGUCCAACGUCUUCGAGUCGCAGUUGGUUCUGGGCAACGAUGUAUCCAAGUCUGCAGUUCCCAUGGGGCUGACGCCAGCGACCAAGGACAGGGAGCCUGUUCAUGGCCACCUGGUGCUUGUCAAGAACAACGGCUGUGAUGCUUCCGACUACCCAGAGAACGUCAAGGGUAACAUUGCCUUCAUCCGUCGAGGACAGUGCGCCUUUGGCGACAAGUCCAUCGGGGCUGGAAAGGCUGGUGCCAAGGCUGCUGUCAUCUACAACACUGAUCCAGAGGAGCUCCAUGGAACUCUCGGAGAGCCAACCGAGUAUCACGUCGCUACCUUUGGUAUCGACGGUACCGAGGGCAAGAAGGUUGCCGAUGAGCUUGCUUCUGGAGAGUCUGUGAGCGCCAUUGCAUACAUUGACGCUGAGGUCAAGAAGAUCCAGACAGUCAACGUCUUGGCGCAGACAGAUGGAGGUGACCCCGACAACUGCGUCAUGCUUGGUGGUCACAGUGAUGGUGUUGCCGAAGGACCUGGCAUCAACGACGAUGGCUCUGGCAGCAUGUCUGUUCUCGAAGUUGCCGUCCAGCUUACCAAGUUCAAGGUGAACAACUGUGUUCGCUUCGCUUGGUGGGCUGCCGAAGAGGAAGGUCUUUUGGGAUCCGACUUUUACGCCGCUAGCCUGUCUGAGGAGGAAAACCAGAAGAUUCGUCUCUUUAUGGACUAUGACAUGAUGGCCAGCCCCAACUUUGCCUACCAGAUUUACAAUGCCACCAACGCAGAGAGUCCCGCCGGCUCUGAAGAGUUGAGAAACCUCUAUGUCGACUGGUACAAGUCCAAGGGCCUCAACUACACAUUCAUCCCAUUUGACGGCCGCAGCGACUAUGAUGGCUUCAUCCGCGCCGGAAUUCCUGCUGGUGGAAUCGCCACUGGUGCCGAGGCUGUCAAGACAAAGGAGGAGGCUGAGAUGUUUGGCGGCCGUGCUGGAGAGUGGCUGGACCCAUGCUACCACCAGCUGUGCGAUGACCUGAACAACCUGAACCGCACUGCCUGGGAGGUCAACACCAAGCUCAUUGCCCACUCUGUUGCCACAUACGCCCUCUCAUUUGAUGGAUUUCCCAAGCGUGAGCUGGACACCGAGAUGAGUGCAUACGGCAAGACUACGAAGCACCACGGCCCCAAGCUUAUCUUGUAA